AUGACUCGUCAAUAUCAUCCAUUAGCACGAGAUGGACGAUUAAGAUGUGAUGCAAAUGUUGGUGUAGAACCAAAUAUUUAUCCUAAUUCAUAUACUCAACUACUAUAUGCUCGACCUGAUUUAAUAUGUAAUGAAAAACCUCAAUCAUUACAAGGAUAUUUAGCUCGAAAAUCUCAUUCACGUCAUGAAAAUCAACUUCCACCAGAUGCCGAAUAUGUUCAAGCACGAGAAUUUUAUUUACAAGGUUUAAAUAAUGAUGAACGUACUCAUCUUCAUUAUAAUAUAGCUAAAGCAUUUCGAUCUGUAACAAGAUCAGAUAUAAAACUUCGUUUUCUUGUUGCAUGUUAUAAAAUUCAUUCAGAAUAUGCUCGUGAUAUUUUAACAUUUGAUCAAGUCGAACAAACUGUUAGGACACUUCAAGAUAAACAUACGGUUCAUUGUGUUAAUGGUUAUGAACCAUACAAUCUCAAUCAAAGCUAA